AUGUCUUCUACGACGAGUAAAACAAUUUCAUAUGAAACAGCAGUAGAUAUAGUGACUAGUCGUAUUCCACCAGGCUACAGUCGAAGACAGUACCAACGAUGGGUACUAGCUGAACAUCAUUGCCCUAUAAGUGAUGCCGAUUUCGAUUGUUUGGUUGAAUUGGGUUUGAUAGAGAAAAUAGUUGCAAUUCUUGGAGAAACUGAAUAUAACAACGAAUGGCUCCACCACAUAUAUGAUUCGCUUUAUGAAGAGGAAUACGAAGACGAAGACGAAGACGAAGAUGAAGGCGAAGAAGGAGUAAAAGAAAAUGGAGAAGACUAUCAAGUUGACGAUGAACCAGUAAUGACACAGGCUAGAACGCAUGGUAGCGUUUUGAAUGAUGUUUCAAAACAGAUUGAACUUUCAAACAAUGUGAACAAUGCUGGUCAAUAA